AUGGCGCCAUACACAGGCGGCACCAUUGUGGUCGUGCCUUCCUGCAUUGGUAUGAUCAUGCUCGGAGACUCGAUAUACGGCAGUGUCACUGGCUCCAAAAACGUGUACCUGCGCUUCAAAGUGAUCUUGCAAGGUGGUCGCAUCCCCAUCCUCACGGUCACGGUGGACUUCGGGAACAAGUUCCGCUCAGCAGACAUCCCUCUGAACAGAUGCACCGACAUCGCCAUCGACUUUGGACGGGUGCGAGUCAACGACUGGACUGACUUGAACCCCAAGCUGGAGGGCUGGGCUGAGCACGGCGUGACCUUCAAACAGCAGUUCCUUACUGGGCGCAUUAGAGGACUUCCAUCAAAAAUCGAGUGGUCGGGAGCGAGUAUCGAGGAGCUGGGACAAAACGGGAAAGAGCUGAUCCGUCUGUUCGAACAAGACCACAAGGACAUCAGCGUUCUGCUUGUCUGGGAUGGGCGCGCAGAGACACCGAGCCUCGAGAAGUUCCGGAAGGCUUGUGAGGCCGGGAUCGAAGAGAGAUUGCGAGAAGAUCUUGAGGCAGACAAUGAGGCCACGAAGGAGGAAGAUGAGCGCGACGUGUUACCGAAGUGUGACGGCAAGAAGAGAUCCGCAGGGAGUAGCUUGGGUGAGAGCAGUGAAUAUCAAGUGGUGGCCAAAAAGCCCAAAGCGGCUGGCGCAAAGUAUGAAGCCGCAAGAGAGGCUCGGUACGAGGACCUCGAGAUCAACGGCCUUACGUCGGGCGCUGCUCUGAAAGACCUGUCGGACGAGAAGCUAGAUGCCAUGACCUUUCAGCUCAUCGAGAUGCUCACUGGUUAUUCUAGGGAGAGAAAGAAGUGCCAGGCCGAGAUGGUGUAG